AUGUCUAAACGAGCGGCAGACGAUGCUGGUAAUGGCAGUAGCCAGCCUCCAAUCAAGAAGGUUCACUUUGAACCCCAUCUUAUUGGCCCUGUGUCCACUCUAGAGGAAAUGGACAUAAAGGUUCUCCAGUUUCAAAACAAGAAAUUGGCUCAGAGGAUUGAACAGCGCCAUAGAUGUGAGGCAGAACUCCGUGCCAGGAUUGAACAACUGGAGAAACGUCAAACACAGGAUGAUGCAGUGCUCUGUGUUGUCAAUCGGUAUUGGAAUCUCCUCAAUGAAGAUAUUAGAGUAUUACUACAGCGUUUCGAUGCUGAAACUGCGGAUGAAUCAGAAAAUAAAAACGAGAAUGAAGCAACAACUUCGUUCCUCAUGCAGCUGUCUACAUGGGACAAGGAGGAGUUGGACGCUCAGCUGGCUAAUCGGGUACAAGUGAGCAAACGAGCGGUCGCGAAGGUGUUACAAGCCUUCGACCGACUGCAGCAGAGGAAUGAUAAGAUCUGGCGAGCUAUCAAGGGCGAGAGUGAGGAAUCAGCUCCAGCCCCAUCAUUAGAUGAUGUGAUACGCGCCACCAAUGAGGAAGUGACAGUUGAGAACCGACGCCUACAAGCGCUAUGCACGACGUUGCAUGAGAGUCACCACGCCAUGACUCUUAGAGUGGCGCAGCUACAGGAUGCUGUCAACAGCAGAGAUACUGAGAAUGCAGAGCUGAAGAACCAGAUUGAUGAUCUACAAUAUGAGCUUAUGAAGGUGCGGUCCCGUAACGAUAAGUUGGAGAAUCACCUGGCGGAGGCCAUAGAGAAGUUGAAGAGCUACCACCAGUCGGGAGCGAGCGCGGUGCCGGCGGCGGCGAGCUCCGCGGGCGCGGGCGCGGCGGCGGGCGCCGUGGCGGCGGCCAAGCUGGAGGACGUGGCGGCCGAGCUGGAGGAGCAGCGCGAGCUCGCCAACAACCGCCUCGCCGAGCUCGACCGCCUGCACAGGCAACAUCGCGACACGCUCAAGGAGGUCGAGAAGCUCAAGAUGGAUAUCCGCCAGCUACCGGAGUCAGUGAUAGUGGAGACGACGGAGUACAAGUGUCUACAGAGCCAGUUCUCAGUGCUGUACAACGAGUCUAUGCAGAUGAAGACUGCACUCGACGAGACUCGCAUGCAACUACAGAACGCUAAAAACUUACACAUGAGACAGAUUGAGAUGAUGGAGAGUGAAGAACUCUCACGGCAGAAGACAUUAAGAGCUGAAAUGAUACAACUAGAAGAUGUGUUAGGCCAGUUAAGGAAAGAAUAUGAGAUGUUACGUAUCGAGUUCGAGCAGAACUUGGCUGCCAACGAGCAGACUGGACCCAUCAACCGGGAGAUGAGACAUCUCAUCACAUCGCUACAGAAUCACAACCAGCAACUCAAGGGCGAGGUGCAUCGUUAUAAGAGGAAAUACAAGGAUACUAGUCAGGAAUUAAAUAAGGUGCGGAAGGAGUUAGAAGAGGCGGGUGCCCGAGUAUCUAUUGGAGGUGACGCCGCUGACGAGAAACCACAUGCACUCAAGAAGGAGGAGCCUGAUCCAGAGGGCGAGGAGGGCGGCAGUGGCGGCGCCGAGACCAAGCCCGCCGCCAACAAGGAACACAGCCGCGCCAAGCUGCAGGAACAGGACCUACUCAUCAAGGAUCUCAAACUACAACUCAAGAAGGCAGUAAAUGAGCAGAAGGAGUUGAAGUUGCUGCUGGAUAUGUACAAGGGGGUUAGCAAGGAGCAGAGAGAUAAGGUGCAGCUCAUGGCUGCUGAGAGGAAGGCCAGGCAGGAACUAGAGGACCAUCGACAGAAGGCCAAGAUGGCACAGGAAAGUAAGCGAGAACGUCGACUGGCAGACGAGGACGCGCUACGCAAGAUCAAGCAAUUGGAGGAACAGAAAUACGAGCUGCAAAAACAACUGUCUUGUGCCAGACCCAACGCCGACCCAUUGCACGCAUUCACGAGACCCUUCGCUGGAUCACCGGAGGAGGAAGCUCUGCUCAAUGAGAUGGAGGUGACGGGGCAGGCGUUUGAGGACAUGCAGGAACAGAACUCUCGCCUCAUACAGCAACUCCGGGAGAAAGACGACGCCAACUUCAAACUGAUGUCAGAGCGGAUCAAAGCCAACUCUCUGCACAAACUGCUCCGGGAAGAGAAGCAGUUGUUACAGGAACAGGUGCUAACUCGCGACCAACAGAUCGAGUCAAUGGGCGCGGUGGCGCGUCGACUGGAGGAGAAGGAACGCUUGCUGCAGGCGACGCUGUCCGCCGUUGAGAAGGAACUACUGCUGCGGCAACAGGCCAUGGAGAUGCACAAGAGAAAGGCUAUAGAAUCUGCACAGUCUGCUGCCGACCUCAAACUGCAUUUAGAAAAAUACCACGCGCAAAUGAAGGAGGCGCAACAAGUAGUGGCGGAGAAGACGAGUGCUUUGGAAGCUGAAGCAUAUAAAACAAAAAGACUACAUGAAGAGCUGGCCAUCCUACGCCGCAAAGCGGAGCGAAUGAAGAAAAUGGAACAAGCGGGCAGCAGUAUGGACGAGGUUCUACUGGAGGAGAUCCGGGAAUACAAGGAGACACUCACCUGCCCCUCAUGCAAGGUAAAACGCAAGGACGCGGUACUGACAAAGUGUUUCCACGUGUUCUGCUGGGAUUGCUUGCGCACGCGAUAUGAGACGCGGCAACGCAAGUGUCCCAAGUGUAACGCGGCCUUCGGGGCCAACGACUACCACCGCCUCUACCUGUCCACGUAG